ACUACAACAGCACCCGCUGGCACAACAACAGCACCUCCUGACACUACGACAGCACCCGCUGACACAACGACAGCACCCGCUGACACAACGACAGCACCCGCUGACACAACGACAGCACCCGCUGACACUACGACGGCACCCGCUGACACAACAACAGCACCUCCUGACACUACGACAGCACCCGCUGACACAACAACAGCACCUCCUGACACAACAACAGCACCCGCUGACACUACGACAGCACCCGCUGACACAACAACAGCACCUCCUGACACUACGACAGCACCCGCUGACACUACGACAGCACCCGCUGGCACAACGACAGCACCUCCUGACACUACGACAGCACCCGCUGGCACAACGACAGCACCCCCUGACACAACGACAGCACCUCCUGACACUACAACAGCACCCGCUGACACUACGACAGCACCCGCUGGGACAACAACAGCACCUCCUGACACUACGACAGCACCCCCUGACACUACGACAGCACCCGCUGGCACAACAACAGCACCUCCUGACACUACGACAGCACCUCCUGACACAACCACAGCACCCGCUGACACAACAACAGCACCUCCUGACACAACGACAGCACCCGCUGACACAACGACAGCACCCGCUGGCACAACAACAGCACCUCCUCACACUACGACAGCACCCGCUGACACAACGACAGCACCCGCUGGCACAACAACAGCACCUCCUGACACUACGACAGCACCCGCUGACACAACAACAGCACCUCCUGACACAACGACAGCACCCGCUGACACAACGACAGCACCCGCUGGCACAACAACAGCACCUCCUGACACAACGACAGCACCCGCUGGCACAACAACAGCACCCUCUGACACUACGACAGCACCCGCUGACACAACAACAGCACCUCCUGACACUACGACAGCACCCGCUGACACAACAACAGCACCUCCUGACACUACGACAGCACCUCCUGACACUACGACAGCACCCGCUGGGACAACAACAGCACCUCCUGACACAACCACAGCACCCGCUGACACAACAACAGCACCUCCUGACACAACGACAGCACCCGCUGACACAACGACAGCACCCCCUGACACUACGACAGCACCCGCUGACACAACAACAGCACCUCCUGACACUACGACAGCACCCGCUGACACAACAACAGCACCUCCUGACACUACGACAGCACCUCCUGACACUACGACAGCACCUCCUGACACUACGACAGCACCCGCUGACACUACUACAGCACCCCCCGACACAACGACAGCCCCCCCUGACACAACGACAGCACCUCCUGACACAACGUCAGCACCUCCUGACACAACGACAGCACCCGCUGACACAACAACAGCACCUCCUGACACAACGACAGCACCCGCUGGCACAACAACAGCACCUCCUGACACUACGACAGCACCUGCUGACACAACGACAGCACCUCCUGACACAACGACAGCACCUCCUGACACAACGACAGCACCUCCUGACACAACGACAGCACCCGCUGACACAACGACAGCACCUCCUGACACAACGACAGCACCCGCUGACACAACAACAGCACCUCCUGACACUACGACAGCACCCGCUGACACAACAACAGCACCCGCUGACACUACGACAGCAACCGCUGACACAACAACAGUACCUCCUGACACUACGACAGCACCCGCUGAAACUACGACAGCACCCGCUGAAACUACGACAGCACCCGCUGACACAACAACAGCACCUCCUGACACUACGACAGCACCCGCAGACACAACAACAGCACCUCCUGACACUACGACAGCACCCCCUGACACAACGACAGCCCCCCCUGACACAACGACAGCAUCUCCUGACACAACGACAGCACCCGCUGACACAACGACAGCACCCCCUGACACAACGACAGCACCCGCUGACACAACGACAGCCCCCCCUGACACAACGACAGCCCCCCCUGACACAACGACAGCACCAGCUGGCACAACGACAGCACCUCCUGACACAACGACAGCCCCCCCUGACACAACGACAGCACCCCCUGACACAACGACAGCACCCCCUGACACAACGACAGCCCCCCCUGACACAACGACAGCACCUCCUGACACAACGACAGCACCCGCUGACACAACAACAGCACCUCCUGACACUACGACAGCACCUCCUGACACUACGACAGCACCUCCUGACACUACGACAGCACCCCCCGACACAACGACAGCCCCCCCUGACACAACGACAGCACCUCCUGACACAACGUCAGCACCUCCUGACACAACGACAGCACCCCCUGACACAACGACAGCACCCUCUGACACUACGACAGCACCCGCUGACACAACAACAGCACCUCCUGACACAACGACAGCACCUCCUGACACUACGACAGCACCUCCUGACACAACGACAGCACCUCCUGACACAACGACAGCACCCGCUGACACAACGACAGCACCCCCUGACACAACGACAGCACCCGCUGACACAACGACAGCCCCCCCUGACACAACGACAGCCCCCCCUGACACAACGACAGCACCAGCUGGCACAACGACAGCACCUCCUGACACAACGACAGCCCCCCCUGACACAACGACAGCACCCCCUGACACAACGACAGCACCCCCUGACACAACGACAGCCCCCCCUGACACAACGACAGCACCUCCUGACACAACGACAGCACCCGCUGACACAACAACAGCACCUCCUGACACUACGACAGCACCUCCUGACACAACGACAGCACCUCCUGACACAACGACAGCCCCCCCUGACACAACGACAGCACCCCCUGACACAACGACAGCACCCCCUGACACAACGACAGCCCCCCCUGACACAACGACAGCACCUCCUGACACAACGACAGCACCCGCUGACACAACAACAGCACCUCCUGACACAACGACAGCACCUCCUGACACAACGACAGCACCCGCUGACACAACGACAGCACCCCCUGACACAACGACAGCACCCGCUGACACAACGACAGCCCCCCCUGACACAACGACAGCCCCCCCUGACACAACGACAGCACCAGCUGGCACAACGACAGCACCUCCUGACACAACGACAGCCCCCCCUGACACAACGACAGCACCCCCUGACACAACGACAGCACCCCCUGACACAACGACAGCCCCCCCUGACACAACGACAGCCCCCCCUGACACAACGACAGCACCUCCUGACACAACGACAGCACCCGCUGACACAACAACAGCACCUCCUGACACUACGACAGCACCUCCUGACACUACGACAGCACCUCCUGACACUACGACAGCACCCGCCGACACUACGACAGCACCCCCCGACACAACGACAGCCCCCCCUGACACAACGACAGCACCUCCUGACACAACGUCAGCACCUCCUGACACAACGACAGCACCCCCUGACACAACGACAGCACCCUCUGACACUACGACAGCACCCGCUGACACAACAACAGCACCUCCUGACACUACGACAGCACCCCCCGACACAACGACAGCCCCCCCUGACACAACGACAGCACCUCCUGACACAACGUCAGCACCUCCUGACACAACGACAGCACCCCCUGACACAACGACAGCACCCUCUGACACUACGACAGCACCCGCUGACACAACAACAGCACCUCCUGACACAACGACAGCACCUCCUGACACUACGACAGCACCUCCUGACACAACGACAGCACCUCCUGACACAACGACAGCACCCGCUGACACAACGACAGCACCCCCUGACACAACGACAGCACCCGCUGACACAACGACAGCCCCCCCUGACACAACGACAGCCCCCCCUGACACAACGACAGCACCAGCUGGCACAACGACAGCACCUCCUGACACAACGACAGCCCCCCCUGACACAACGACAGCACCCCCUGACACAACGACAGCACCCCCUGACACAACGACAGCCCCCCCUGACACAACGACAGCACCUCCUGACACAACGACAGCACCCGCUGACACAACAACAGCACCUCCUGACACUACGACAGCACCUCCUGACACUACGACAGCACCUCCUGACACUACGACAGCACCCGCUGACACUACGACAGCACCCCCCGACACAACGACAGCCCCCCCUGACACAACGACAGCACCUCCUGACACAACGUCAGCACCUCCUGACACAACGACAGCACCCCCUGACACAACGACAGCACCCUCUGACACUACGACAGCACCCGCUGACACAACAACAGCACCUCCUGACACUACGACAGCACCCCCCGACACAACGACAGCCCCCCCUGACACAACGACAGCACCUCCUGACACAACGUCAGCACCUCCUGACACAACGACAGCACCCUCUGACACUACGACAGCACCCGCUGACACAACAACAGCACCUCCUGACACAACGACAGCACCUCCUGACACUACGACAGCACCUCCUGACACAACGACAGCACCUCCUGACACAACGACAGCACCCGCUGACACAACGACAGCACCUCCUGACACAACGACAGCACCUCCUGACACAACGACAGCACCCGCUGACACAACGACAGCACCUCCUGACACAACGACAGCACCAGCUGGCACAACGACAGCACCUCCUGACACAACGACAGCCCCCCCUGACACAACGACAGCCCCCCCUGACACAACGACAGCACCUCCUGACACAACGACAGCACCCGCUGACACAACCACAGCACCCCCUGACACUACGACAGCACCCGCUGACACAACAACAGCACCUCCUGACACUACGACAGCACCCGCUGACACAACAACAGCACCUCCUGACACUACGACAGCACCUCCUGACACUACGACAGCACCUCCUGACACUACGACAGCACCCGCUGACACUACGACAGCACCCCCCGACACAACGACAGCCCCCCCUGACACAACGACAGCACCCGCUGACACAACAACAGCACCUCCUGACACUACCACAGCACCCGCUGGCACAACAACAGCACCUCCUGGACCUUGUGAUUCACGCCCAUGUGGUCAGGGGAGCACCUGUGAUCCCCGUGCUGACUUCACUUUUGUGUGCUUGUGCCUGACUGGGCAAAACUACAAUUAUGAAAGAAAAACUUGUGAGAGUGCCAAAGUUUUCCCUGGACAACUUGAACUGAGUGAAGUAGUAUAUGAUCCCAAAAUGGAAGACAAGAACUCAGAAGAAUUUAAAAACACUUCAAAUCAAAUUACUGCUGAGCUGACGAAAACCUUCAAUAAAACUGAAGGUUUCUCCAAUGUCACAGUGGUUAAAAUCGAGCCACUGCCAGAGCAACCGUCACCGAGCAGAGUUGUUAAAAAGAGGGGAAUCCAGGCAACCGUAGACAUCAUAUUUAACACAGCCGCUGAUGUCACGACAGACAGUGUAAAAGAAUUAAUGAACAAUGCCUCUGACUGUGAUAACUGUUUUCUGGCAGGAGCAGGAUUCAAAGCCACAGACCUGUGUAAGAACCAGCCCUGUGAUGAGAAAACCACAAAUUGCACAUCAAAAAAUGGAGAAUUUAACUGUCAUUGUCAUGAACACUACAUCAAGACAAACAUGACCAACAGACUGUGUAUUGCUUGUCCCAAUGGAUUCCGGGCUGUGGAUUCAGAAACAUGUGCAAAAUGUAGCUUUGGUCGAUCUGGUUUGAACUGCAAAGAUUCCUGGCAGCUAGCACUGGUAAUCGUUGGCACCGUGCUCGGGGGAUUGUUUAUCAUCUCCGUCAUUGUUCUGCCUCUGGUGACUUCCAGGUCAAUAAAAAAGAAAGCCAAGAAGAAUCAAAACGCAGAAAGCGGAAAUCCUUAUGCCAGACACUUCCCUGCCAGCUCACCUGCGGUUGUUGGUAACAACAGCCAGGCAUCUACACUGAAUGGCUUAACCAUUGACAGCGAUGGGGGCGUAACAAUCCCGCGGGCGAGAGUCGGCGAAAGUCUGUACAGUAUGCCUGAUGAAGAAAUGGUUCCAAGCACCAGCAGACAAAACUUGACCCCUCUGGAAAGGAACCCGUCCCCCUUCGAUGGCGAAGCUGACAUUCGACCCAGGAACAACCCGCUCACCUUGAAUCGCCCUCAGGUGAACCUCUACGGUCAGAGCCAAGGCCACACAAAUUCAUCCUUCAUACCAGACAAUGGUAGAUCCUUCAACUGAUGACAAACAAUAAAGUUUUCUGACACUUAUCCAGAUCAAAACACCUCAUAGGUAUUCCGAUAGUACAUGUAAACAGGCCAAUUGUAUUACACCAUCACUUAUGUUGUAAUGCAAUAUGUUGACAUUUAAAAAAAAAUAAAAAAUGACACUCUAAAAUCAAAAGUUAAAGUCAUUUUCUUGUCUGUGAAUUCACAAAUUGCUUUGCAUGAAAUGUUUAUGGCAUUGUGAUCGUGUCAAACACUAUUUUAGCCCACUGUUUCAUGAAUAAGACGAGUUUGAUUUUGAGCUCUUCCUUCAAAUCAUUACCCAUGAGGUGCCUUUAGCUUUUUUUAUGCAGUUUAUGAAAAACUUAUACAUUAUAUUUUGUAUGACUAAGAGUAUAUUUUGUUUAUGUAUAACCUAUUUCAGUGAUUAAUUGACGCCAUUGUGUAGCAUGAAUAAAACAGCAAUAUUUAGAAUUAUUUUACCAUUUUACGUAAGGUAGUUGUUUUGCUUUGUAACUCAUAUUAUCAUAUAUUUAACCUUGUUUUAAAUGUAUUUGCACUAUGAAUGUGUGUAUUGUAUUACAGCCCUGUGCCCCCCGCCCGAUGUAGCGGAGGGCACAGCCAACCCCCAAAAUAAAAAAAAAAUUGAGAAAAAAUAAGAUCAUAAAAUAACACACUGGUUGUUAUUAUUGUCAUUAUUAUUAUUAGUAGUAGUAAUAUAAUUAUAAUUAUUAUUAUUUGUGGACAUCUUGCUCUCGCUGCUAAUCCCCUCCUCCUCCUAGUCAGAAUUUUGCUUGAAAAUGCUUGUGGACUACGUCACUUUAGAAAUGUUGACAUGACAUGGAACAUCCCACAAGAGAAACAGAUCAAGGUUUUUAACUCAUUAUGUUAUGAGAUCUGAAUCCAAUGCCUGUGCUUUGCUGCUGUGUGAUUUUUAUUUUUUUUUCUGCCUGUGCAUAAACCAAUCAAGCAAUAUAUAACUGCAAGGUCACACUGUGUAAAAACACAAUAAACUAACGUCAUUGCAUGACGUUGUGAUGUGGCACUGAUUUGAUAAUAAAGUUGUACCCAAAACCA